AUGAGGGAGGAGGAAUUAGAAAUAGCACUCAAGGUUGUAAUUGUGGGUAAUGGCGGUGUGGGUAAAUCAAGUAUGAUUCAACGGUAUUGUAAAGGCACUUUCACCAAAGAAUAUAAGAAAACAAUUGGUGUUGACUUUCUUGAGAGACAAAUUGAAUUGGACGGUGAGGAAAUACGAUUAAUGUUAUGGGACACCGCGGGUCAAGAAGAAUUUGAUGCAAUUACCAAAGCCUAUUAUCGUGGUGCCCAAGCGUGUGUUCUUGCUUUCUCAACAACUGAUCGGGAUUCAUUCGAAGCUGCACAUUCUUGGAAAUUAAAGGUUGAAAAUGAAUGCGGAGAAAUUCCUACAGUUAUUGUACAAAAUAAAAUUGAUUUAAUGGAUCAAAGUUGUGUUGAUCCGUAA